AUGAAGCGGCCUGCCAGCGCGAAGGGUGGCAAAGGUGGCAAAGGGAAGGCCACGCGCAAGAGACCCGCCGCGAAGGAAGAGGAGUGGGAAGAGGAGGACGAAGAGCCAGAGGAGGAAGAAGAGGAGGAAGAAGAGGAGGAAGAGGAGGAGGAGGAAGAGGAGGAGGAGAAGGCGAAGCCAAAGUCCAAGUCCAAGAAGGCGCCCCGGCGCGAGGCGCGCCAGGCGCGGCGGGAGAGUUCCAAAAGGCAGCGGCUGGUGCAGAAGCUGAAGCGCGAGAUCAAGCCCUUGCUCCAGAAGCUGAAAGGUAAGAGGGAAGAGCUGCGGACCGCAGAGAAGGAGCUGGAGAAGUUGUCGGCCGCCGCCGGGAAGCUCACCCGCGCGGUGGAGCGAGAGGACAAGACCCGGGCACUGAAGCGCAAGAAGCGCGCCCGCGCGGCCAAGAAGAACGCCACCCAGCGUGCCAAGGAUCUUCAGGAGAAGCUCCGGGCUGCCAAGUCUGAGGUGGCCAAGUUCAAGACCGCCAAGGAGUCGGCCCACAAGAAGGUGCAGCAGGCCCAGAAGGACUACAAGCAAGUGGUGUCCAAAGGCUACGAGUUCAGCCACCAGGGCGUUUCAGCGAAACGAGCCCUGCAGACGGCCAAGUCGGAGCACGAGAAGUGCUCCGCCGCGCUGAAGCAGGCGACCAAAGAAGUGUCGCACUGCGAGGAGAAAGGGCGCAGGAGGCCAAGGACAAGCUGGCGAACGUGA